UGAUUGGUUGGGGUUGGGGAAAUUCAUCUCGCUGUAAUUGCAUUUUUCUGCGGUUGUUUUCGUAAUUAUGGAGAGAUCUGAUGGAAAUGAUUUCAAUGAAUUUCUCGACCCAUCCAGCAGCUCUGUUUCAGAUAGCGUGCUGUUUGAUGCGUCUCAGUAUACCUUUUUCGGGAAAGGUAUGGUGGAUGAAGUAGAACUGGGCGGUUUGGAAGAUGAAGACGAGGGUGUACCCGUAAAUGCAGGCAGAUUUAGUGGGGAAGAUGAGUUAAAUGAGUAUCAUUUGUUUGACAAAGAUGAGGGGUCAGGAUUAGGAUCGUUAUCUGAUAUAGAUGAUCUAGCUACUACAUUUGCAAAGUUGAACAAAGUCGUUACUGGACCCAGACAUCCUGGAGUUAUUGGUGAUCGAGGAUCUGGAUCUUUCUCUAGAGAAAGUUCAUCGGCUACAGAAUGGGCACGAGAGGCAGAUUGUCCUGAUUGGCAUGAGCACCACAUGUCUGAUUCGGAAUGCUAUGAGGAAAAUAAGAGAUGGUCAUCACAGCCCCAUCUCUCUCAAAUGUAUCUUCAAGAAUCAAAACCGUUAUACAGAACAUCAUCGUACCCUGAGCAGCAACCGCAGCUACAACACUUCAAUAGUGAGCCUAUUUUAGUGCCAAAGUCAUCUUUCACUUCCUUUCCUCCACCAGGUUCCCAACAAGCUUCACCGAAUAAUUCUCAUCAUCUUAAUUUGUCAACCCUUUCUGGUGGACCCCAGUCGCCUUUCUCUGCACCAAAUAACCCUUCGUUAACUAACUCUACUCUCAAUUUGUCUGGCUUGCCUCGUGGGUACCAUUACAAUACAAACAUGUCACGUCUAACCUCGCCUAAUAUCUCUCACCACAAUCGACUUCAAAAUCAAUGGAGCAGCCAUGCUGGUGUUCUCCAUGGGGAUCAUACUCUUCUCUUGAACAAUGUAUUGCAGCACCAGUAUCAAAAUGGGUUAUUGCCAUCGCAGCAGCUGCUGUCGCAACAACAACAGAGAGGGCACAUUUCAUUUAACCCGUCAUUAGCCCAUUUUUCAGCAAUGCAAUCUCAGAUAUUUAAUACCUUUCCUUCACCUUCACAUUUCAAUAAAUAUGGAUUAACCGAUAAGAGAGAACCGAAACCUAAAUCAGCGCAGAAAGGUAGACACUCUGUGCGGUUUUCCAACCAAAGUUCCGAUGCUAGCAGCCAGAGGAGCGACAGUAAUCUGCCGCAAUUCAGAUCAAAGUACAUGACUGCUGAAGAAAUCGAGAGUAUUCUGAAAAUGCAGCAUGCUUCAAACCACGGCAAUGACCCUUACGUGGACGAUUAUUACCACCAAGCCAGUCUUGCUAAGAAGUCUGCUGAAACAAGGUCAAGGUAUCGGUUUUGCCCAUCCCACCAGAAGGAACAAUCUUCCCGAUCGCGUAACAGUACUGAAUCGCAGCCCCAUCUCCAUGUGGAUUCUCUUGGAAGGGUUUGUUUUUCCUCGAUACGUAGGCCCCACACACUUCUUGAAGUUAAUCCUCCUCCAUCCGCUUGUGGAGAUGGAAACUCUGAUCCGAAGUCAUCUGAGAGGCCUUUGGAAAAGGAACCAAUGCUUGCAGCAAGGAUAACAGUGGAAGAUGGGCUUUGUCUUCUUCUCGAUGUGGAUGACAUUGAUCGCCUCUUACAGUUCACUCAACCCCAAGACGGUGGAAGCCAGCUCAGACGCAAACGUCAUCUUCUCUUAGAAGGCUUAGCCGCUUCUCUACAGCUGGUGGACCCCCUCGGCAAAAGUGGAAACUCUGUCGGGCUGUCACCGAAGGACGAUAUAGUCUUUUUACGUAUAGUUUCCCUUUCCAAAGGCCGGAAACUGAUCUCGAAGUUUCUUCAGCUUCUUCUACCUGGCAGCGAGCUAACUCGGAUAGUUUGCAUGGCUAUAUUUCGCCAUUUAAGGUUUCUGUUUGGGGGCCUACCUUCCGACCCAGAAGCAGCAACCACCAUUAACAGCCUUGCUAAAACGGUCUCUCUAUGUGUUAGUGGAAUGGAUCUCAAUUCGCUCAGUGCUUGUCUUGCCGCUGUGGUGUGUUCCUCCGAACAACCGCCGCUUCGUCCGGUGGGUAGCCCCGCCGGAGAUGGUGCCUCGGUCAUCUUAAAAUCCGUUCUGGAAAGAGCAACUGUCCUAUUGAGAGAUCCUCCGUUUGGCAGCAACUUCAGCAUUCCUAAUCCUGCUCUUUGGCAGGCUUCGUUUGAUGCAUUUUUCGGUCUUUUGACAAAGUACUGCGUGAGCAAAUAUGAUAGUAUAGUGCAGUCUAUAAUUGCUCAGAAUGCACCGAAUGCAGAGUCGAUUGAUUCGGAGGCGGCUAGAGCUGUGAGUAGGGAAAUGCCAGUUGAGCUUCUACGUGCUAGUCUGCCACACACUGACGAGAGCCAGAAGAAAUUGUUGCUGAAUUUUGCUCAAAGAUCGAUGCCUGUUACUGGAUUUAAUGCUCAUGGUGGAAGUAGUGGACAAAUAAAUCCCGAGUCUGUACGAGGCUGAAAAAAAAAGGUUGAUCCGUAGAAGCUUUAUUGUAUGUCACAGCACAAAGAUUGAAGCACAGACACCGAGGUGUGUAUCUUUAGGGCGGAAUUUUAACGCCGACUAAGGUUUCCUUCUCUCUCUUUCCACCAGUUCUCUCAUCCCUUUUCGUUGUUUGUGGAAGGGUUUGUUUUUAUUUUAACUGUCUUUAUGUUAUUACUAUGUCGGAAGCUCUUAUAUGUUUUUUUUUUUAAUAUCAUGAGAGCUUUUAUUUUAUUUUAUUUCGAUGUAAACGCUCGGGGUUGAACGUUUUUAACUGUAAGGGGGUGGAAAAAUGUACAGGUAAGCCGUUGAGAAUGCUGACGUUUUUUUAUGGUGUUUACGCUCUCGAAUUUGGCUUACUGUGUUUAGUGUCUGUAGAAAAAAAGUCGAAAACUUGUUCGUCUAUAGAGAGGAUUAUUUUGUUUAGGUUUUGUUGGAAACGGGUUUUGAAGACGAACCCUAUGCUCUUGUUCGUCUUUUCAGCUGCGGUUUUCGUUGUAGCAUUUAGUGUUCCUAAGUGUAUUUUUUUAGUCCUGCAGAUUUUGGAGCUGUGUUUCACUGUGACUGGUUUCUUGCAAUUUUUUGGUCUUUGUUCUGU